CUUAAAUCUCAAGUUAUUGAUCUGAUCAGUCGCAUCGGUUGCAUUGCUUCAAUUGUGUGUCUGUCUUUGACCAUUAGCAUUCUUCUGGGUUUUAGAAAACUGCGUGGAAAACGACCACAACAGAUCAUCGUUAAUCUCUGUUUCGCUUUGCUAUGUUUAUACGUCAUUUUCGUCAUCGGUAUUGACCGACCGACCUGGAGGAUCAGCUGUACUGUGGUUGCUAUCCUAUUGCAUUACUUCUGCCUUGCAUCGCUUGCUUGGAUGGGUGUAGAAGCCUUCAGCAUGUACAUGUCAUUCGUCAGGGUUAUGGACACCUACAUACCCAAGUUACUCCUUAAAUGUUGUCUCGUCGGAUGGGGCAUUCCGUUCAUGGUCGUCAUAGCAACAGUUGCCAGCAAAUGGACAGCGUACCAAAACUCUGAAUACUGCUUCCUUUUACCCGGACCUUCUUUAUAUUUUGGACUGAUUCUGCCAAUCGGUCUGAUCCUCACCUGUAAUUGCAUCACCUUUACAAUUGUUAUCUAUAAGCUAACCUGUGGUAGGAAGACUUUCUCCGCCACCAGUACAAGGCUGUCCAAGAAAGAAAGGGGAGCCAAAACCCGGAUCGAAACCAUUCGCCGGGCACAAAAUGCUGUGGCAAUCGGCACGCUGCUCGGUCUCACUUGGGUCUUUGGUUUCCUGGCUGUAGGUGAUGGUCGCAUGGUAUUCGGUGCCCUCUUCGCAUUCUUGAAUUCUCUCCAGGGAGUCUUUGUCUUCCUCCUCUUUGGCAUCAGGCAACCUGAAGUGAAAGAAAAACUAAGGGCGACUCGGAUGCGACUGUUGCAGAGUGUAAGGUCUGCGCGUAGAGGUUCAGACUUUUGGACCUCAUCGAGUGAAGCGCGCAUGGAUUCACGACCCUCUGACGUCACGAUUAUCCAAAUGGAAAAAAACACUAGCUUUACUGAACCACUGCCUUCAAUGUGCCCCGGAAGACAAGCGGUUAUAAUCGUUACUUCCGGGUCGAAACAUGAUGUUUUGUAGAAUGUAGCAGUUUAGUCUUGUUAAAAAAAAUUGUACAAUAAAGUCUUCUACUAACUACUACUAGUACUAUUACUACUACUACUUCUACUACUACUACUACUACUAAUGUAAAAGUAUGCGUAAGACGUAACGGACGAUUGAGUUGAGAAAAUUAAAAAAACAAGUAUGUAAAGGAAAAUAUAUUGUU